GCGACGGGGAGGUGCCACCAAUCCGCUUCCCCUUCCCUCCCACGCGCACCAAUGAAACGCACGCGGAGGCGGAGCCCGUGUCUAAAUUGUCAGGGUUGGUUUCACGGCGACUUCACGAGCUGCCGUCGUCCGCCGCCGUCCCAUUGGUGCAGGUGAUCUGUCUCCACGAGAGAGAAUGCGAAAGGAGAGAGGAGGAGAGGGGAAGAGAGAGGGGACCGCGCCGUUGAAAAGUGUUCAGGGCACGAUUGAUAAAAGGAUACCGGCAGUUUGAAUCGUCCGCGGCACUCGGGCAAAAGACAGAUUGAUUGAAAAGGGGCACUUUGAGAUAUGAUGAGGUUUAUUUUUGGUUGGCAAUAGUACUAUGAUUUGGUAUGUGGCCACUUUGAUAGCAAGUGUUUUCAGCACCCGAGCAACGGCAGCUCAAGGUGCCCCCCGCGGAGUGCAGGACGAGCCCCAGUUUGUGACGGCGCGCGCGGGCGACAUCGUCAUCCUGGGAUGCGACGUGCCCCACCCCCUCAACGGUCAGCCCUACGUGGUGGAGUGGUUCAAGUAUGGAAUGCCCAUCCCCUUCUUUAUCAACUUCCGCUUCUACCCCCCACAUGUGGACCCCGAGUACGCUGGCCGAGCCAGUCUGCAGGGCAAGUCUUCCCUGCGGAUAGAGAAUGUGCGCUCCGACGACCAGGGCUGGUACGAGUGCAAGGUGCUGAUGCUCGAGCAGCAUUAUGACACCUUCAACAACGGCAGCUGGGUGCAUCUAACCGUCAACGCUCCGCCCACCUUCACGGAGACGCCCCCGCAGUAUGUGGAGGCCAAGGAAGGGGGCAGCAUCACCCUGACCUGCACGGCCUUUGGGAACCCAAAGCCUUCCGUGGGCUGGCUGCGCGAGGGCAACCUGCUGGUCAACAGUGCCAAGUACAAGGUGUCUGAUGGCAGUCUCUCGGUGCUGACCAUCCACAGGGAUGACAGAGGGGCGUACACCUGCCGAGCUUUCAGCCCCCAAGGAGAGGUCAUCCACACCACACGUCUGCUCGUACAAGGACCUCCGUUCAUCGUUUCGCCACCAGAGAACAUCACGGUAAACAUUUCCCAGGACGCCUUCUUCACCUGCCAGGCUGAGGCCUACCCGGGCAACCUGACCUACACCUGGUUCUGGGAGGAGGACAACGUCUUCUUCAAGAAUGACCUGAAGCGCAGAGUCAGUAUUCUUAUUGACGGUUCCCUCAUCAUCGCUCAGGUCAAGCCCGAGGAUGCUGGGAAAUACACUUGUAGCCCUAGCAACAGCCUGGGUCAGGCCCCAACUGCCUCGGCCUACAUGACCGUGCAAUACCCUGCCCGCGUUCUGAACAUGCCCCCCGUCAUUUACGUGGCCAUCGGUCUACCCGGCUUCAUCCGAUGUCCCAUCGACGCCAACCCGUCGGUCACCAUGGUGAAGUGGAAGAAGGACGGCCUUCCUCUACGGAUAGAAAAGUACCCCGGCUGGAGCCAAACGGAUGACGGGAGUAUCCGCGUGGCAGAAGUGACGGAGGACUCUCUGGGCACCUACACCUGCAUGCCUUACAACGCCCUGGGCUCAAUGGGAUGGUCCACUCCGGCCCCCCUGGUGCUAAAGGUUCGUCCUCGUGCUCCGACCCCGCCCAAGUUCUCGGUGGUUCCUGGAGAGUACAGGCAGGAAGUGGGCAGAGAGCUGGUGAUCCCCUGCGAGGCGGAGGGGGACCCCUUCCCCAACAUCACCUGGAGGAAGGUAGGGAAGCCCAGCAGAAGCAAGCACAACGUCCUGCCCCGGGGCAGCAUCAAGUUCAAGUCGCUCACCAAGGAAGACCACGGCGAGUGGGAGUGUGUUGCCACCAACGUAGCUACGAGCAUCACUGCCAGCACCCACCUCCUAGUCAUAGGCACAAGCCCGCACGCCCCUGUCAGCGUCCACGCGGUAGCGUCCUCCACCUGGGCCAACGUGUCCUGGGAGGCCGGCUAUGACGGAGGCUUCCCGCAGACAUUCUCAGUCUGGUACGGACAUGUGCUGAAGAGGGAGCGGCUGGGACCCCACGACUGGCUGUCGGUCCGGUGCCGGGGGGGCCAAGCCUGGCUGCUGGCGGCCGGCUUGGAGCCAGAGACGGCCUACCAGUUCAGCGUGCUGGCCCAGAACAAGCUGGGGACGGGCCCCUUCAGCGAGGUCGUCACUGUGAACACACUAGUAUUUCCUAUAAGUACCCCCGAGCCAUUGGUGCUGCUUACCCAACCACGGUGCCUCACAGCCAAUCGCACGCAGCAGGGAGUCCUGCUCACUUGGAUCCCGCCGGCCAAUCACACCGCACCGAUCCAGCAUUACAUCAUGGAGUUCCGGCUGGGCGAGCGCUGGGACGUGCUGGACGACAGCAUCCCCGCCAGCGAGACGGAGCUGCUGGCUCGCGACCUGAUUCAGGAAGCCUGGUAUGAGUUCCGCAUCAUGGCCGUCAUGGACGACCUGGUCAGCGAGCCCAGCAACAUAGUGGGCGUGUCCAGCACAGAUUUCUUCCCGCCUCCGGAGAUGGUGGAGGAGGGCGGUCUGGCGCGUCCCGUGGUGGCGGGCAUCGUCGCCACCAUCUGUUUCCUGGCCGCCGCCGUCCUCUUCAGCACCCUGGCCGCCUGCUUCGUCAACAAGCAGCGCCGGCGCAAGCUCAAGAGGAAACGAGACCCACCUUUAUCAAUCACACACUGCAGAAAGAGCGUGGAGGCAGCGAGUCCUCUUAGCCCCCUUCCUGGCAUUGAGCCCUACUGGGAGGGGCUGGACACCCGGAGGUACAAGCCUCCAUCUUCUAGUCCUCAGUCAUCAGGGAAGGUGAGUCCAGAGAGCAUGCAUUCCAAGGAGACUCCCUCAGACUCAUCUGACGAUGGCCUUGACUUGCACCUCAAGAAGAUUCCCACAAGCCCCGGGAGGAAAGAGGAACUAUCUUUAUACAAGAAGACCAAAAGAGCAAUAAUAAGCAAGAAGUACGGCAUUUCCAAGCACGAAGCUGAGGCCACAACACCGAUUGAACUGAUCAGUCGAGGACCGGAUGGACGCUUUGUAAUGGACCCCUCGGACGUCGAAAUGUCUGUGAAGCCCCGACGAAUCGAGGGCUUCCCGUUCGUGGAGGAGUCAGACCUUUACCCUGAGUUCCGACAGUCGGAUGAAGAAAACGAUGACCCCAGGCCUUUACCACCCGUCAUGGCUACACUUAGGCCUCACCAGAUAUCCCCCAUCUCCAGCCAGGAGUCCUAUCUGAGGCCCCCUGCCUACAGCCCUCGCUUUCAGAGGCCCUUGGAAGGUAUGACUAUCAUGGAGAGCAGUCGACUCCAGGCCACAGGGCAAAUCCGGAGCUCCCUCCACCACAGAGCGUUCUAUGGAUACCUAGGCAGCCAUAGAGACCAUGACCCCCCUCCUCCUUUCUACAUGCCGGAGACCAGCCCGCUCAGCUCUGUCAUGUCCUCCCCUCCGUACCUCACCGAAGGUCCGUUCGGUCACCCGAUGAUUCCCGAAGACAUGGGGGACGGCGAUUACCAACAGUACGCCGUCUCCGGUUUCCCCCUUCCCUUGACACUCGCCUCCUCGUCCCGUUCACCGGAGAUAUGGCAGGGGGUGGACUUCACGUUCGCAAGUCUAGAGGGACCACACUUUAUCUUCCCCCCACCACGCCCUUUCCACCUCCACCGCCACGACUCUCCCUACCCACCCCCGCCUCCUCCUCCUCAUGUCCUUCCCCUUAGCUCCUUCCAGCCCCCUCCUCUACCGAUGCCCACCUACCCCGCUGUCCUGCCACUUGAGGCUUCCAAGGGCCGCCUAGGGAAGUCGCCAAGUAAGGCCAGGCCUCGUGGCUCCCCAGCCAGGCAUAUAACGAUGCAAGAGGCUCAUCUAGGGCAGCUAAGGCAUACAAGUCACGGCAUGGGUGUGCCGGUUUUACCUUACAAUGAACAAAUGGCACGAAUAGUCCCCAGCACAUUCAGCAGCCUGGACACUCGGUGGUUUGAAACCGCCCCUCGUUUCAGCCCCAGGCAGGUUCGUAGAAUGGAUCCCGGAAUACAUCAAGUGGUCCUCCAGCCCUCCCGACUCUCUCCCCUGACCCAGAGCCCUCUUAGUUCUCAUCAGGGCUCUCCGGAGAUCUUAGUGCGUCCCCGACCGCGUCCCAGCAUUGUCCAACCUCCCAUACCUCCGGAGAUGUCUGAGAUCACACUCCUUCCUCCUUCCACAGCCAGCUUCUCAAGGAGAUCCUCUCCCUCCUCCUCACCUGCCAAAGGCCAGGCUAGCAGGAGGUCAAGUCCAAGCUUCCGUUCCCACAUGGCCUUUGCCACCUCUGCAACCAGCUACCCGUCCCAGUCCCCUUCACCCCCCAUGGAAAGCAGCAACAUGUUUGGGCAGAUGCCAUCUCAGAGGAGGACUGAGGAGGGGAUACUUCCAUCUGAGCCCUCUCCACCCCAGUUGUCAGCUUCAGGAAGACGCAGAGGUGCCCCCAGUGCCCAGCCGGGGUCUGAGAGGAUUGACGCACUGAAAUACCAACGUAUUAAGAAGGCAAAGAAGAUGAUGAUGAACAACAAUAACUCCAAGGCCAGAAGGAAAACAGGUGUCUCCACCUCUCAGACCCAGCAGGCCUACACCUCUCAGGAACCCCCGCCCGAAGAAGCUCUCUACCUCCGCAAGAAGAAGAAACGGCCCAUCCGCCACGACCCGUACAUCCGCUUCUCGGCCCUGCUGUACCGCCGCCCACUGCAGGAGGACCAGAGGGCCAUCCUGGCCAGCAUGGACAGCAUCGACCUGGACCACGCCACCCUCCUCUGAGCGGCCCUCCAGUCAAGGUCAACGCAUACGCGCCAGUCCUGCCUCUGAAACAACAACUAGCUACAUCAAACUCGGGCGGCAAACAAACGAAAUACAAAAGUAAUUGUUACAAGGACAACAACCAAAAGAGAAGGUUGUGUCCCGGAUUUGGAAAUAGAAUCGCAAUUACCGUAGAAAACGGGAAUGCGGCUGAACUUUAGGAUUUAGAUAUGUGGUUCCGCUGCCUUCGGAAAAAAAAGGUUUUGUGUAAUUGUUCACUUUUUCCCAUCCAAUGGGCGAAAGAAUAGUUCAGUAGAAAUGUGUAUCAGCCAUGAUCCGAGAUGUCAUGGAGAUGCGCACGGUGACGUUCUCAGCAAAAAUAAAAAUCGUUGACAAAAUGAUAAAAAAAAAAGGAAUCAGUAUAAGCGAGACAUUCAUACAACAACACAAUAUGAAAAGUAGAAAGAGUAAUUGAAUUGAAACAGUCAUUUGAACCUCUUAUUUAGUUUCCACUGUGCUAUUCAUAGCAGCAAUGGUCGUCUAUUGGAAUUACAUCUGAGGUUUUUAUCCUGGUUUGAUAACUAAAGAAAAACGUAAUUUGAAGAAAAGUUGGGGAAAUUUAAAACACAAGAGCAUAAAAUGUCUAUGCUUAAAUCGAGUGGUAUUCCCAUCAAAAGUAGAUAUUUAAAUUCGAAGAAGGGAAUUGCAAAUUGUAUAGCUGCCAUAGGUUUGAUUGUCUACUCCAGUGCAAACAUUUUCUGUUAUUCAAAACAGAUACUAUUCAAUAUGAUCAACUUAUGUCUAACAAUGUGUAUUUGUUUCAAAAAAGGAAAUCACACUGCAUUAUAACUGUUUUAUUAUUUGAAAGUUCGUUUUUUAUGUCCCUUGUGUUGGACCACAGUUUACAGAAUCUCUCAAUAAACCUCACUUUCUCUCUCACACACACACAUGCACGCACGCAUGCCAAUCGCACGCACGCAUGCACACACGCGUGCACAUACACACACACCUACAUACACAUACAUCCGCGCACACUCACACUUGACAUAAACCACUGUAUCACUUGCUCCAUUCUGCCAGAACAGUCUCAAUCUGCCAGGGAAGUGUUCACGUGUUCUUGCGCGUUACCAACGUUACCUCAGAGCACUGUUCACAAAACCUCGCCUACACCUAGCAUUCUUUCUAUUACACUUGAUUCAUGGACAGUUAACCUGGGUCCAUUGAGUCCUCAUGGACCAUGUAGAAAUAAUAACCCAGCCAUUAAAACACAACUUCCACUUCUGUUAGCAUGCAAGUAGGUUUGGCCUUCCAAUUUCCCUUGUUUCUGCUGAUGAAACUGUACAUUACAGUACAUUUUAUACACUUCAAUUAUACCUUAACCCCUGAGCAAAUUAAAACACAUUUGUAACUAUUCUUUUUGCCCUUUGAGUUUUUGCACUGGAGAAUUUUGUUUAUGUUUUCUGAUUGUCUCAUAGGUAGUCUGUUGGGCCCCAAAUCCUAUAUAAAUACUCUAGGGCAGUAUGCACAUUUUCAAUCAAACAGCAAACAUACAGAUACUGGAGGAUAGGAUUGUGUGCCAAAUAUUAAAAUAGUAUUUUUAAAAAAAUAAGAAAUGGACAUAAUUUGUCCAGCAAUGGCUGUAAAUGGCCUUAACGGACUUCCUGGUUGGUUGGCUGCUUUAGAUUCCAUUCUUUAUUGUUAUCAUUACUAUUAUUAUUAUUUUGUUUAUCAGACAAACUGCCUUUUUAGUUUCUUUACAUAUGGUCAGGUUAUUUAAAUGGUGAUCAUUAGAGGUAAGUCUAUUUAUCUCUUCAAUUACUUUUAUCCACUUGUCCAACCAAAUGAACCUCAAAUAUUUUUUAUCAUUUAAUUUGUUUACAUUGUACUUACUAGUUUAAAUGUUAUACAUAUUCAAAAACACAGAAAUUCAAGGGACUCUUAUUCUUAAAUGCUUCAUUACAACUGAUAUGUGACUACUUGAAAGCAGCUGAAACAAACGUUGCUCAAAUGUACAUACAUGCUAUAAACUAGAUACCUCUAGCGUUAUACUGUACAUUUGCUCAAAUCAGCUUACACAGCAUACAAGUUGUUAAUUUCCUCGUCUGGUGCUAAUGAAUGGAUAGGGUUUCACAUGAGGGAUUUCAACGGCUUGAAAAGCUCCACAUUACUACUGGCCUUCAUUGUUCUCGUAGUGGCUCAGGAUGGAAAAUGUUGUGUUUAUAAAGAGCAAUGAGGUCUACUGUGGUUAGUCAAAUAAAAAUUCCUAAACUAACUUAAUAAAUCGUUAAUAAACAUUCUCCAAAAGUAAUGUAACUUUCUUGGUAACCCUGGAAGAGACAAUAUUGAAUGGUUAUCUCUUGUAUACUGGCUAGGAUUCUGAAAGCCCAGUUCUGAGUAUACUGGAGCUUUUUGGUGCUACUAAUACUGCUUACGAUUCAAAUGGAAAGUGCAUUGCAGUUGCUCAGCAUUAAGGCAAUGAAGGCAAGGAAAGACAUAUUUUAUUAUUUGUAAUGAUCGAGCCUCAAUGUUUUAGUUGUUAAAUGAAACAUUUCAAAUAUGUAUUUGGCGAGAUAUUGGAAUUAAAUAGGAGAUUAUUGAACUUGAUUUGAAGUCCCAUCUUCUAGUUUUUUGUUGUUAACAGCCAGUUGUUGUAUCAUUCAGACAUAGAGAACACACGUUUUUUUUAUAACAAUGAAACAAUAGUAAGGUAAAGGUCAGAUGAGGGUGACAGUGGUCAGAGUAUGUGGAUGCUUAACAAGAAGAAGCUAAUGAGACCAUUGUGUGAUAGCAAAUUUAACAGAUUUUAAACCCCCCUAAGAUGUUGUUUUUCCAUUAACCGCCACCCCUUUCAGAGAUUAAACGCGAAAAAUUCUUGCGAUUAAGAAAAUUAGGUUUUCCAGAAGGGCUUGUCCACAAGCCUAUGGCAUACCCUUAGACUACCACAUCACAUUGUAAAUAUUCUCCAUACAUCUAUGGACUACUACAAUUGUGCAUCUUAUUAGCUGGGCAACGAAAGGAAUCUAAAAAUAUUAGAUCAUUAAUUUUAGAUCAAACCUAAAAGUAUAAAAAUAUAUUUGAAUAAAGCGCACUGUAUUUUCCAAGAAGCCCCCACGCAAACGCCCCCCUCCCCAAGGUGCUAUUUCUAAGAAACUAAACAUGAGAUGGUGCUGUGCUGAGACUACAUGCAAAGCAUGUCUCAUCAUUUAUACCAUAGACCUGCUGCACCUUUAUUUUAGUAGCAAAGGUAAAGGUUAUUUAAAAGCGUUUGAAAACAGUUAAAACUAUAUUCUUCAAAUUAAGAUGUAGGGCUUGUCUCACAUCAAAAUGUUUGUUUUUUUACUAUAAUUUUUUUAUCGAUAAUUUAAAUAUUUCAAAACAAUUAAAACAAAAUAUUAAAAAAUAUGAUUGGGUUUUAGUCCAUGUUAAGACUAUAAAAAGUAAGCUUGAAAAGAACGGCUGGAUGGUUUAUAUUUUAUCCACUCCACUCAAUGCUAUAUAUAUAUAUAUAUAUAUAUACACGCACACAUUGGCAUCAGUCUGGUAAGGAAUUUUAUGUACAUAAAAUUCUAAAUAAAGGCAUGCAGUUACAUACAUCCUUAUAAUAUAUAUAUCGUAUAUCCCUAUUUUUAUCAAAACUGUGAGGGUCAUUUUAGCGUUUUACCAUUUGCACAAAAUAUGCAAAAAGUUAUCUUUUAAAGCUGCUUACUAGUCCAAGAAAAAAUAGGCCAUGUUCAGAUGUAAAGAUAAACAAGAUCAAAAAGGUCACAUGGAAUCUGUAUAUUAUUUUUCAAUAUCAUACAUAUACACUUGAAUGUUGUAUUUUGGAUUUGUUUUCCAUUUGUAAUCCAUUCUAACUACAAAUUGAGCGACCAAAAUAACUGUAGUUUGGGUACUGAUAUUACAUGAAGGAAAAUGUCCCCCCGAAAAGUUUGACGCCCAUUAUUAUAUCCAUAACACAAAAUUGCAUAAUCAGAGAUUGAAAAAGCACAUCAAAUAUGGUUACCCAUCUCAAAGAUUCAUUGUCUUCUAAAGUUACAACAGUGGUGGUUGAUUUUGUUUUUAAAUAGUCAGGUUAUUGUCCAAUUAGAAUUAGUCCUUGUUAUUUCUGAACUAUUUCAUAGUUGAUGAACAUUUGAUGCUACAUUUUCUAAAAGUGCACCUUAGCUUCUGUAUAUGCGGUUCAUGCUAGACAUAUGGAUCUUGAUUCAUAGUGACAUUUCUAAGAUUCUAGAUAAAGCAUGAGUUAUCAUGCUGUGAUGUGCUACAAAAUUAGGAAUUGCAUAGUGAAUGAGUUGAAAAACUUGUGCAGCGUUGAACAUAUAUUUCAACCCAGCCAUCAGUGCUAGGACUCUAUACUUUGCUUCGCAAUAGUUAUCAACGUGGUGUACAAAAUAUCAGCCACAAUUAAUUGCCAGAAAUGUAUAAGCUGUAAAAUAAAUCUUGGUACUGUAUCAUUCUCAUCUGUGGAGCUUAAGUGAGGCUGAGUAUGGGUUUUUCAGCUGCUAAGAGGCUUGAGGUGCUUUAUAUACUGUACCAUUGCACUUAGGCAAAAAUGAUCACCAUGUUGUUAACAUUAUGUCGAUUUUAUUUUAAAGACAUUGAAUAGAUUUGUCUUCAGUAACAUCGAAAGGUCUUUGGUGGUACACACAAGAUAAGGGGUGGAUUUUCUGAACAUUGUACAGCAGGUUUGUCAAUUUAAACGCACCACACUUCAGCCACGUCAAAGAAUUUGCCAAACAUUUUUCAUCCUUGAAAACAAUAAUGCAACCACAGCAAAACAAUAAAAACAACAAAAGGAAACAAUAUACCAUAAUGCAUACAUUUUCAAAGCAACACAUACAUUCAGAAUAGAAUACAUUUUGAAAUUACAUAUUAACAUUAUAUUAUUAUACUUUUUGUAUUUUUAUUCUUAUCAUUAUUCUUUAUAUUAUUCUUUAUAAAUAUUAUGUUAUUUCUUUGUAAAUGUAUGUGUAUCUUGGCAUAUUAUUUGGGAAUCAAGUGUGCCCAACAUUUAGUUUGUUCAGAAUUAAAAGAGAAUUUAUUCCAUAGAGGGUAAUGCAACUACAAGCAAAAGAAAAAGUUCCCAACUGGUUUCGAUACUCGUGAGUAAAUUAUCCAUUUUCUUUUUUUACGAAUACUGGAUACCAGCAUUUCAAAUGAAAAAUGAAAAAAAUUGACCUUUAGCCCUCAUGCCAGAUUCAAUACUAAUGCAUGUGGAUACUCUCAAGAUUAUUCUUUAUUAUAGUUUUUCAAAUUUUACCCUGACAUUAUUAUUGCUUUUUAAUGCUGAUUUGAUGCUGAUUUCUGAAGUUUGUCAUUUGGUGUAAAUAUUAUUCUAAAUAGGCAUAACUUGGAACUUGUAUAUUAUUAUUAUUUUUUGUAUGAGAAAACAAUGCACACAAAGACUACUGAAGAAGUGUGAGAUUUGAGUAGCGUAGGACUUCAUUCAGAGACUCUUUAUAACAUACUGUGUAUAUAUAUACACAAAUAUAUAUAUACAGUCGUCUACAUGUAAGUGAUGGAAUACUUCUAAAUGCUAGAAAACUAGUUUUCAAAAUUGAAUAUUAUAGACACAGGAAAGAAAAAAAUAAAUAGAAACUAUAUAUGAUGUUAUAAAACCAAAAUGGUUGAUAGUAUCUAUAUUUGCAGAGAUUAAUUGUUUUGAAGAAUGUAUUAGUCUAUGUUUAUUUUAUUUUUAUAUCCAUGUGUUGCUUUCUACUGUAGCAAAUUCUAAAUCUUGAGUCAAGUAUAUACAAAAAGCGUGUUUGAUGCGUUUCGGUCUAAAACUAAAGUCAAAGUCAAAAGAGACUGCCCCAAAAUGUCAUUGUCAUUCUGUGGAUCGUGACAUUGUUCUCUUUGGAUUGAUUUGCAUAAAUCAUCUGUUUUCAGGAACCAUUUCACCUGACAUCCCUGUAGUAUUUCUUCAUUUCCCUUUCAUCUUUAUCCUGGGAAGCAAACUCUAUCAAUCUUCAGUUUCAGGCAUGACUUAGAAAAAUGUAAUUUUGUUCUUAAUAUUUGGCUGCUUUCUUCGUAAUGCGCACAGCAGCAAUAGGCAGACAGCAGAAAUCGGUGGAAGUAGAAGUAAUAUUCCAAAAGACUCAGUGGUUGGGGUUGUGUUGCCAAUGAAAUAAUGUUUGUUCUCACGCCUUUUGCUUAAAUUAUAUUUUUGGGAAUGUGCUACAAUAAGAACAGAAAAAAGCUGCCAAAGUUACCUGGGAUGUUGGUACCAGCCUCUGAGAGAAUCCUGGCCUCUUCUCCAGAGCUGCACUAUGACACCACUACAUUGUACAUUCUGACAACUGGUGCUAUUUUACUCUACAUCUGUGGUGCUGGUUUCCCUCGUGAGCUAUUUGCUUCAAAUAAUAAUGUAGCUACACUUUCCUGUACUGUAAACUGGAUGCUUGUUUGAAGCCAGGAUUGGAAGUUAUAGGAAUGAAUACACAAGGCGGACAGAUUAUCUCAAUGUUGUUGUUUUUUUGAAGACAAACGAUUUGGAGGGCAACGUUUCUGUUGAAGAGAUGCAAAAUUGUUGUCAAUUGUUUUGAUUGUUUUUCAAUACAACCCAUGUAACAUUUGCGAAGACUUUUUGUCUUGAUUCUGUUUUCACUCGGUUCAUGCUGCAGGGAAUAAAACAGAUCGGACUCAAAGUGUCAACUUUCAUGUUUCGGGGCAAUUUGAGAAAACACCUUAAAGGUGAUUUUUAUGUCAAAUGUUACAGUGUAUGGGUGAUAUGUGUUUGGUGCUGAGCCAGGGUCAAAACACAUAUCUUCCCAUGCAGUGAAUCCGUCAUGCCUGUUGGAAAUUCUUAAAGGAUUUCAGGAUAACUUUUAAUUGGUACAUGCAUACUGUCUAUGCUUCCUUCAUGUUUAUAAAGCAGCACCAUUGGAGUCUGGUGUAUUGACUGGAAUCUGCUUAGCAGCAAACUCGAAAAUCUCUUUUCCACCCUUGAGUUUGCCAUGUCAAGACCAUAGUCACUUGGCAUUCCCAUGCCAAGUGACAUUUGUUUCUUGUAAAAAAGAAACUCACAUUUUCCCAUGGGCAGUAAUACAUAUUGGCGUAAUAUAUAUACCAGAAGCCUGUAUAUUUAUUUGGUUAUUUUCAAUACACUAGAAGCAGUGCAAGUAUAAAUUCACAAGCUUCUUUUUUGUGUACAAUAUAAAAUGUUAAGUCUUCCAGAAUUACCCUGUCCCUCUCCAACACACACGCACACACACAUACACACAUCUUCAAAAAGUCAAUGUGUCAUCAAAACUUUCCAAGAAAAGAACGAUAACAAGAAACAUUGUUUUACUUUUGUUAUUGAUAUCUAGCCACAUACAACUUACCUCAGAAUGACUGAGCCCCCCCCCCCCCCCCCCUCCACACACACACUACACUAUGUACCCCUCGGUUUCUCCACUCCAAACCUCUUAAGAGAAGUCAUAUCUUUUGAUUGAAGCUUUUUUCUUUGAUAUAUCUAUAUGUAUGUAUAUUUGUUGGCACAAACACUAACAAGAAUGUAUGGCUACUGUAUUUCCUAUUCACCAUCACAGCCCCUCAAAGUUGAAGCUUUUAAAGCAACUGAAUAGACCCGUCGACUUUUGUAUCUCCAAUGUCUUGGUAUGCUUGUUGUAGUUGUAUAUUCAUAAUGGUGUAUAUUACAUCAAAUUUUAUUUAUUAAAAAUGUUUAAAUUUUCUAAAA